UAUAGUUUGUGAAGAAAAUUAGAGCGAUUUAGUCAGACAUCGUUUGGUCUCAUUAGUACCGUCAAACUAGACGGGAUAUGUAUUGACGUGCAAUUGGAAUCUUUUUCAGAAUUUUAAUAUCAAUGAACGCGCGAAGAAUCGGGCGGAAGUUUUUCGUUCGUUCAAAAAUUUGUCGUAAAAAAAAAAGAAAAAAAUAUUAAAAAUUUCCCUGUCAUCGAUAUGGCCAAAUUUUAUCUCGAGAAAGUAACGAUACGAUGCUCGAUCGACAUAACUUUUUGUUCAACAAAUUACAACGCUAUUUUUUCUUUUUCUUCUUUUUUUUUCAACAAAAACGUCUCUAUCGAAAUUGUUGAUUUAGAAGUUGAACACGAUCCUUUGGACAAAAGUUUCCCCAUCAGUAAGUCGUGCCGUUACAGUUACGAGUCUAUAUGAGGUCCAGAAGUUAGGUGGCGUUGACCAUUCAUCCGUAGAAAUCAGCAACGAUGAUACCACGAAUUUUGUUCGCGUUUCUACUCCUUGAUUUGACGACAGCAUUUACAUUGACGUUACCGGAGAUAACGUCAUACGCGAAAGUAUCGAAGAAUGGUCAAGAAACGAAGAAUACCGGAAGCGGACCAUUUUCAUGGAUCACAAGGGCAUUAACGCGAGCCAAUGUCUCCAGCAACGUCGAAAACGAGAGUAGAAGUGUUAAGGACAUCGUUAUCACUGUGUCACCGAUUUACGUGCCACCCAAAACUCCAAAAUUGAAAACCGGAGAAGUUGUCGAUUAUCCUUCGACAAAACGGUACUCGACUAUAGACGAGGAUUUAUUGGCAAAGUUAGACUCGACGAAAUCAAAAAUCAAGAUACAAGAAAGAUUUCGUCCGCCAGCUAUUUUCGAGCACAGCGCUAAACAACAAGUCUCAUCGAGUCCUUCGAUGUCUUCGUCGGCUGAUUCGAGUCCCGAUAAACCGCCGAGUUCGAGUAUAUCGGGAUAUUCGAGGCCUGUAUACGCUGGGCCUUAUAAUUUGAAAACGACCGAUUACGACAAACCCAAAGAUUAUAUUAUCGAUAAUCCGAUCUCGAAACCAAUUGGAAUGGAUAAUUAUCCGUCUAUCAUAGAGGACGAUAAACCGAUGGAUUCGUACAAGGAUCAAAUGGAUCCUUUCCCAAAUCAUCAGAAUGAUCAAAUGGAUUUUCCAAGUUUCUCAUCCGGAACUUCGUACGACGAUCACGCAGCACCAAAACCGAUCGAAUUUGAUAGACCAACGUUCGACGACGACGACAACGAUGACGACGAUAAUUACCCUCCUGAUCACGAUCAUUAUCACGAAGUGAUCUACGAUCAUUUGCCAGAAUUUCAUCAUCAUCAUCAUCACCGUUCCACUACGCCUGAACCUGAGAUGAACGAUCAGCGGCUCGAUAAAAGACCCUAUUCGUAUUAUUUCAUUGGGAAAAAGCUUUGGUACAUUCCGCUCUACUUCAGUAUUUAUUUUAUCGUUUAUAUAGCGGCAUUAGUAUUAAAGAGUAUUGCCAGGCACAAGAUCACUUUUCCCGCUCAUCUAGCUGAGGCUACUGGACACGGUAGAACGAACAACAAUGACGUUGGUUGGUGGGAUCUCACCAAUCGUGUCUUCACUGGAAUCGAACGUUUUGCGGAAAGAUUUGGAAAGGGAUCUUAACUUUUUAUUUCAUGUUACUAUAUCCCUUCGAAAUUUUGAAAAGUCUCAAGUGAUUAAGAACGAAGAGAAUUUUCAACUUUCGACAGUUUCGUCGGGGACAGACUCUUUUUGAGUAUCCAAGUGUAAUAUGU